AUGGAAAAUCAUAGAAGUGGGCUCAUCAGGGAGGAUGGUAUCAUAGUAAGAAUACGAGAAUUUGAGGAAAUGUUUGUCCUUGAAGAUUGGGAAGCUCGGAUAGACAGCCAUGGGAGGGUAUUCUAUGUUGAUCAUGUCAACCGAACCACCACGUGGCAGCGCCCCACGGCCGCGGCAACACCAGAUGGGAUCCACAGGUCUAGCUCCAUCCAGCAAAUGGAGCAGCUGAACCGGCGAUACCAAAAUAUCCAGCGAACAAUCGCAACAGAGCGGGCUGAAGAUGAUGCUGUGGUAAACAACAGGGUGGAGAGAGUUCCCACUGGAGGAGGAAGUGACUCUGAGGCAGAGCCUUCCCAGCCAAGCUCAGAGAUUAGGAGGGAAGGUUCCCUUUCUCCUGUGAAUUCUCAAAAAAUCACCUUGUUGCUGCAAUCUCCAGCUGUGAAGUUCAUCACCAAUCCUGAGUUCUUCACUGUGCUGCAUGCAAACUAUAGUGCCUAUCGAGUCUUCACUAACAGUACCUGCUUGAAGCAUAUGAUUCUGAAGAUUCGUAGAGAUGCUCGGAAUUUUGAGCGGUAUCAGCACAACAGAGACCUGGUAAAUUUUAUCAACAUGUUUGCUGAUACCCGACUGGAGCUUCCUCGCGGCUGGGAGAUAAAAACUGACCAGCAGGGCAAGUCUUUCUUCGUUGACCACAAUAGCCGUGCUACCACUUUCAUAGAUCCCAGGAUCCCACUGCAGAAUGGUCGUCUCCCUAAUCAUCUGACUCACAGGCAACAUCUUCAGCGACUUCGUAGCUACAGUGCUGGAGAGGCUUCUGAAGUUUCUCGAAACAGAGGAGUUACUCUGUUGGCCAGACCAGGCAAUAGUCUUGUAACAGCUAUUCGAAACCAGCACCAUCAUGAGGCAUUACCUCUGGCUUACAAUGACAAGAUUGUUGCAUUUUUACGCCAACCUAACAUUUUUGAGAUGCUGCAGGAGCGUCAGCCCAGCUUGGCCAGAAACCAUGCACUCAGGGAGAAGAUCCAUUACAUUCGGACAGAGGGUACACAUGGGCUUGAAAAGUUGUCCUGUGAUGCGGAUUUAGUAAUUCUACUGAGCCUUUUUGAAGAGGAUAUUAUGUCCUACAUACCACUGCAGGGUGCCUUCCAUCCUGGUUACAGUUUCUCUCCUCGCUGCUCACCCUGUUCAUCACCCCAAAAUUCUCCAGGACUGCAGCGAGCAAGUGCAAGAGCACCUUCUCCAUACAGGAGGGACUUUGAAGCCAAGCUGCGCAAUUUCUAUCGAAAACUCGAAGCCAAAGGGUAUGGGCAAGGUCCAGGUAAAAUUAAGUUAAUAAUACGACGUGACCACUUGUUGGAAGGCACCUUCAACCAGGUUAUGGCGUAUUCACGCAAGGAGCUCCAGCGGAACAAACUCUACGUCACAUUUGUUGGCGAAGAAGGGUUGGACUACAGUGGCCCCUCCCGAGAAUUCUUCUUCCUUCUGUCUCAGGAGCUCUUCAAUCCCUAUUAUGGGCUGUUUGAGUAUUCAGCCAAUGACACUUACACUGUACAGAUCAGCCCCAUGUCUGCCUUUGUUGAAAAUCACCUGGAAUGGUUCAGGUUCAGCGGUCGUAUUCUUGGCCUUGCUCUCAUUCAUCAGUACCUUCUCGAUGCUUUCUUCACAAGGCCAUUCUACAAAGCACUACUAAGGCUGCCGUGUGAUUUAAGUGACUUGGAGUACCUGGAUGAAGAGUUCCAUCAGAGCUUGCAGUGGAUGAAGGAUAACAACAUCACAGAUAUCCUGGAUCUAACCUUCACGGUGAAUGAGGAGGUGUUUGGACAGGUGACAGAGAGAGAGUUGAAAUCUGGAGGGGCAAAUACAGCAGUGACAGAAAAGAACAAGAAAGAGUACAUUGAGAGAAUGGUUAAGUGGCGAGUGGAACGAGGAGUGGUUCAGCAAACAGAGGCUCUGGUCCGUGGCUUCUACGAAGUUGUAGACUCCAGGCUUGUCUCUGUUUUUGAUGCCAGAGAACUGGAGCUGGUUAUUGCUGGCACUGCAGAAAUAGAUCUCAAUGACUGGCGUAACAACACAGAGUAUCGUGGAGGUUACCAUGAUGGACACAUAGUAAUACGGUGGUUCUGGGCAGCAGUGGAGAGAUUUAACAACGAGCAGAGACUCCGGUUGUUGCAGUUUGUCACAGGAACAUCGAGUGUGCCAUACGAGGGCUUUGCCGCUCUCCGAGGGAGCAAUGGACUACGGCGCUUCUGUAUAGAGAAAUGGGGGAAAAUAACCUCCCUCCCAAGGGCACACACAUGUUUCAACCGUUUGGAUCUUCCACCUUACCCCUCAUACUCUAUGCUCUAUGAAAAGCUGCUGACAGCUGUUGAAGAAACUAGCACCUUUGGACUUGAAUGAGGGGGUUCAGGCACUUCUGAUGUUUUUAUGGCUGAUGAUGUCACCUUUCCUGUCUACCAUCCUUUGAUCUUGGUUUCCAUGUUUUUAUUUUUGAAAACAAAAUGAAACAAAACAAAUCAAGAUUAACAAAAGCUGUGCAUGAAGAACUGCCACCCUCUACGAUCUAACCUUCAUGCUUUCAUCCUCUGUUUCCAAUGGACUGCUAGUCUGUAUGCAAUAGAAAAACAACUGUCUCAAGAUUUCUGUAUAUCUCUACAUACCUCCAUUAAUAACAAUGAAAAUACAAAUGCAAGUUACAGUACACUUGACCAAAUGUUAAUAAAUGUUUACUUCCACCUACGUUGAUUAAAAAAUAAAAAAAUCCUCAUCAAGCA